CCCGUUGUAUAACAUAGCUAAAUUUGUUCAAAAAGUUCUUUUAAGCAGUCUUCCAACUGCCAGAAGUGCUGUUAAAAAUAGUUACCAGCUCUAUAACAUUUUAUCGAAUACCGUAAUAGAUGACAAUCAUAUUUUAGUGUCGUUGGAUGUGGUGUCGUUGUUUACUAAUGUCCCAACUGAAUUAGCUAUCGGUGCCAUUUCAAACAGAUGGUCUUAUAUAGAAAAAUUCACUAGUGUACCGAAAAAAGAAUUUUUAAGAAUAGUCAAAUUUAUCCUUGACUCCACCUAUUUUAACUUUGACGGAAAGGUGUACAGGCAAACGUUUGGAACUCCCAUGGGUUCCCCUCUAUCACCGAUAAUAGCAGAUUUAGUCUUACAGGAUAUUGAAAACAAAGCCUUAUUUAAAAUCGGCAAAAAAAUUAAAUUUUAUUAUCGCUAUGUUGAUGAUAUUUUGAUGGCGGUGGACAGAGAUGCAUUACAGAAUGUGGUUGAAAUUUUCAAUUCUUUCCACAAUAGAUUAAAAUUCACAGUUGAACCGGAACACGACAGAAGCAUUAAUUUUUUGGACCUCAAAAUUUAUAUCAAUAACAACAAGUUAAUUUUAGAUUGGUUUCAUAAGGAUACUUAUUCAGGGGAUAAAAAAUACAUAGCGGUUCCUUAUAUAAAAGGCUUAUCUGAAAGCGUUUGUAAAGUUUUUAACAACACUGAAUUUUCUACGGGUUUCAAAUGUUUCAACCGCUUGAACCGUUUCAUCAAGGUACACAAGGACACCACUCCAAAAUUAAAAGAAAAUAAUGUGGUUUAUAGAAUUGAGUGUAAUAAUUGCGACGCUUCUUACGUGGGACAGACAAAGAGACAUCUUGAAACUAGAUUGAGGGAGCACAGGAAUAAUGCUGGACAGCCUUUCAAACCAUCUGUUAUCACUGACCAUAUCAUUAAUGAAAAUCACUCUAUAGGAUGGGAUGAAAUUAAAAUACUAGACCAUGAACCCCAUUACUUUAAAAGAUUGAUUUCGGAAAUGAUUUUCAUCAAAAAACAAAAAAAUGGAUUAAAUAAAAUUGAGGAUUUAUCAGCGUUAAAUAAUAUGUAUUUUCCACUAUUAGAUUCGUUAUGA